AAAGCGUUAACGAAAACAGAAAGCAGAUUUCCGUUUAAGAAGUUUUGUUCCUGAUGGGGGAUUCAAAAUUGUUUGACGAAAGGGGAUUGUUUUAAGUGUACCAUGGAGAAUACUACAGGAAAAAUUGGUUCAGGGGAGAGCCGGUCUACCAAUAUGCAAAUUUCUUCUAGUCUUUCCUAUCCCAGUAAUGUUCCUAUGUGCUACCCUCCUCAACCAUCACUUAGUUCGCCGUUAGCAGAGGGAAAUCAUGGAACACAACCUACAGCAAACUACCUAGUUCCUCCAUCUAUGGCAUCACCUUCUAGUUGCCUAACUACACAGCAAAUGUAUUCAAAUUACCCCAGCCCAUAUUACCGUUCUAUGCUUGCUGGAUCCCAGCAAAGUAGCAUGAGUAGCUAUUAUGGCACCAUUUUACCUCCUUCACAUCAUUCCUCUGCAUUCUAUGGGACUUUUUACAACCCUAAUUCACCAUCAGUGUAUCCCAGUGGCCAGCCUCCAAUAAAUCCAAUAAACUACUAUUCACCAUCACUCUACAUGCAGAAUCAUGAAACGAUGUGGCCAAACAGUAACUCAAGUUCCCAGCCUGCCCCAUCAAAAAGGACAUAUCCAUAUGACAGCAGCAAUGUUAGCCAACUUCCUUCCUGUAGUAAGGUCUCCUCAUCAGUUAUACCAGCAAGUUCCUUAGCUGAAACAAGACUUGUUCUUCAAGAGGAAACACCAACCCAUUCCUUAGUACAGCUUGAGAUUCCGUCGAGCUCAUCGAUGUUAUCAUCUUUACCAGCGUGUUCCUCGUCGGCUGUAGAGUCUGCUGCCAAAGAAACUGAUUUUAUAUGUAGAGGCCUAGAGCGAACUGCCUCGAAGUGCGGCACACCUGAAUCACCCGAAGACGAUGAAAGCUCUGUAACCGAUAAAGAAUCACUUGAAGAAUCUGAAGAUGAAUUGAAUCAGGAUGAAGAAUCUUCGUCAAGCUACUCGUCCUCUUAUACUGAGUCAUAUACAAGUGAAGAUUUAAUUCCGAUUGACGAUGAAGAUAUCCUGGAAAAUGUGCCGGAAAAUAUUCUGAAUGACACUUCGUUUGGGGAUAUUGACCGCGCAAAAGAUUUAGUCGAUGAAGAUCUCCAGUGCCUACUGUGUAACAAUUUCGAUCAUCUUAUUCCUAGACUUGACAUCGCCAUUAAGUUGGAACCUGUAGUCGGUGAACCCAUUUCCAAAUCUUCUGUUUUACUAUGUACCCAGUGUGAUCUCAUGCUCGAACGUUAUUUAUCGUUAGAAAAAGAGGUCCACUCCCUACAAGCACAAAUUCAGUCCAUGUACCAGAACAACAAACAUCCUGACAAACAGGAUGAAGCCCAGUACUGCGCUUUGCCGUCUGCAGAAACUGAUCAAGAUAUGUGUAUCAAUGAAACUUACACGACUUCGCAGCUGCAAAAUCCGUUGUCUACAGCGGACGUAGGUCAUCAAUCAACUCCUGAAGAAUUUGAAUCAGCACGCCAACUCGAUGUAAUGGAUGCCGUUAUCAGCAAAGAAACAGAUCAAAUCAACGAAGUACUGGAGCACGCAACAGAUGCAGAGGUCCUCAAGCCUCAUGGCUGUCAUGAGUGUGGGAAAUUUUACUCGGACAUCAGAGGUUUGCAGCGCCACAGGAAAACACAUAGGAUUGAAGAAUCGAAUGACAAUCAUUUGCCAGGCCAGGGGACUAGGCAUGAGGAUACGAUUCCAUUACAGUGCCAACAGUGUCCUCGACAAUUCCAGCGCCGCUCCCAUUACCUCUAUCAUGUCAAAAUACACCAUGGACCACGUGAAUUUAAGUGCCAAAUUUGCGACAAAGCCUUCGCCAGUCGAGGAGCAUUGACUACCCAUGGACGUAUCCACUCUGGAGAAAAGCCGUACGAAUGCGAAACAUGUGGUCGGAGAUUUAAUGUUAACAGCAACUUACUUGCGCACGUGCCGAAGUGUACUGGUGUGUUACCCUUCAAAUGUGAUCACUGCGAUAAAGCUUUUGCGACAAGGUCGUUGUAUAAAACCCACGUAAAGGCUCAUCAAGGAGAAUUUGCCAUGAAGUGCAGUGAUUGUGGCAUGGGGUUCUCUAAAAGGAGUCACCUUGUAGCGCAUCAGCGGACCCAUACGAAAGAAAAGCCUUACCAAUGUCCAGUUUGCGGAAAAGCAUUUUCAAGCAUCGGGAAUUGCAACAGCCAUGCAAAAACUCACGCAGACGAGCGGAAAUUCGUUUGUGAAAUGUGCGGGAAAAAAUUUGCAAGGCGACAAGCACUUGAAAUGCACCUCAACAGGCAUACGGGAGUGAAACCCUUCAAAUGUGACGAAUGCAGUAGAUCUUUCCAUGACGCCAGCAACCUAAUAAACCAUAAAAAAACACAUCGGCCAAAUAGCUGA